UCGCCAACUACAAGUCCAACACUUUCAACCUCGACAACUGCAAGUCCAACAACUUCCCAAUCGACAACUACAAGUCCAUCAACCUUAAAGUCGAUAUCUACAAGUCUGACAACCACAACUUCGAUAACUAAGAGUCCAACAUCUUCAACAUGGACUACUACAGUUCCAACAGUCUCAACCUCGACAAAUACUAUUCCAAUGACUACAACGUCAACAUCCAUAGGUCCGAAAACGACUACCUCAAAAUCGACAACUACAAAUCCGACAACUUCACCGUCGACAACUGCAAGUCCGACAAUCUCAACACAAACAACUACAAGUCCAAGUAUAACCUGUACAACUGCAAGUCCAACGACCUCAACCUUGCCAACUACAAGUCCAUCAUCUUCAACAUCAAUAACUGCGAAUCAAACGACCUCCACGACCACAACUACAAAUCAAACAAAGUCAACGUCAAGGACUACAAGUCCAGCAACUUCCGCGGUGACGACCGCAAGGCCAACGAUCUCCAUGUCGACAACUACAAGUCCAACGACCACAUCCUUGUUAACUACAAGUCUAACGACUACAUCGUCAACAACUAUAAGUCCGACAAAUACAAUGUCAACAACCACAAGUUCAGUGACCUCAGCAUUGCCAACUACAAGUCCAACACCUUUCACGUCGACAACUGCAAGUACAACGACCUUCACGUCGCAAACUACAAGUCCAACAACCUUAACGUCGACAACUACAAGUCCGACAAUCACAACGUCUUUAACUAAUAAUUCAACAUUCUCAACAACGACUUUUACAAAUCUAACAACAUCAACUUCGACAAAUGCAAGUCUGAACACUUCAACGUCGACAACUGCAGGUCCAACAAUCUCAUCCUUACCAACUACAAAUCCGACAACC